AUGUCCGUCACAGCCACCACGGAAAGCGAGGUCGAGAGUGGCCAUGGCCAUGGCCCCAUCAAGCAGGUGGAUGAGAAAACAGCUCCAGAGGACUGGACGGUGUCCCAGGUCGAGAAUAUCCCGGCCGAUGUGCCGACGGAGGAUGUGGUGACGGCCAAGACUUGGCUGGUGGUGAUGACCAUCACCAGCUGCUACGGAUUUGCCUAUUCUUCCAUGCCCGGACUGGCCAUCACGCAGGCCCAGAUUGCCGAGGAAUUCGGCGUGACGGCGGAAUCGACGUGGAUGGUGUCGGUGUACUUCAUCACGGGCCUGGUGGCGUUCAUGAUCUGCGGGCCCAACAGCGACCUGUUCGGACGACGGUGGUUUCUGAUCUCAGGCAACCUCUUCGUGGUGGUCGGCUACAUCGUAGCCGGCACGGCCAAACACUUUACGCAAAUCGUGGUGGGCAUGGCCAUAGCCGGCGUAGGCGGUGCCAUCUGCCAGAUGGCGACGUUCGCGGCUCCAGAGUUGCUGCCCAACAAAUGGCGACCGAUGGCAGUCACCAUCACCGACUCGGUGGUGGUGGUGGCGUGCACGGUGGUGCCGGUGGCGGCGCGAUAUUCGCUGAAACACAAGACCUGGCCGUGGCUGCUGUACACGGGGGUGAUCGGGAACGGCAUCGGCGCCAUCAUCCUGUUCCUGUUCUACUUCCCGCCCAAGCAUCCGCGCGGCCUGUCGUUCCAGGAAGCGCUCAAACAGCUGGACUAUGUCGGCUCGCUGCUCUUCAGCGCCGCGGCCGUGCUGAUCCUGGUCGGGGUCGUCUUCGCCUCGUACCUGAACUCGACCGACCCCAAGGUCAUCGGCACCCUGGUCUCGGGCUUCGCCGCCCUGGUCGGCUUCGCCUGUUGGGAGACCUGGGCGCCGUUGAAGCAGCCGUUGACGCCGCCCGCGCUCUUCAAGGUCCACCGCGGUCAGACCUUGACCGCCCCCUUCAUCGUCGCCUUCAUGGUCCCCGUCUACUACCUGGGCACCAACAUCGUCUGGGGCCAGAUCGUCAAUGCCAUCUUCAGCCCCGGCGAGCCCAGUUCUCCGCUCGCCAUGGAGCUGUCCAUCGUCCAAGGCUUCGGCAUGAUCACCGGCGGCGUCCUGCUCAGCACCCUCGGCAUGUGGAUCAAGCAUUGGAAAUGGCAACAGCUCGUCAUCGUCACCAUCAUGACUUUGUUCGGUGGUCUCAUGGCCCUGGCCUCCCCAGACCGGAAGUCUUCGUUGAUCGCCUUCAACUUCUUUGGCUCGGUCGCUUUUGCAUGGGCUCAAUUUCUCUCCAUCACAUACUGUCAGUUUGGAGCUCCACAAACCCAGCUGGGCAUUGCUGGUUCACUUGCCGGUGUUGGAAGAUUCGGCGGAAACUGCAUCGCCACCACCGUCUACGUGACCGUCAUCAACAAAUCCCUAGCGAAAGCCGCUCUCAAGAAAGUCAUCAACGCCGUCCUGGCCGCCGGAGGUACCCGCGCCAUGGGCCAGGCUGUCCUGGCUGCACUACCAGCCGGAUCCAAAGCUGUCAUGUCCGUUCCCAACGUCACCCCAGCCAUUGCUGCGGCCGCCGGAGCGGCAUAUACCGACAGCUUGAUUGUCGCCAUCCGAACCGUCGCUCUGGUUUCCAUUGCCUUUGGCGGCGUGGGAAUGGUCGCCUGUCUCUGGUGCGAAGAUAUUGGUCCCAAGAUGGACAGACAUAUCGAGGUUUUCUUGGAGAAUGACGUACAGGCGGUGAAGAAUAAGAAUCAUUGA